AUGAAAGAGGUUGAUCCAUUCGAAGGUAAACCUGUUCUUCCGGUCGAGGAAGUCAUCGAAUCAAUUCAGCAUAGUCAAGGAGGAGAAGAGUUGGCGGCAGUUGAAAUUGCAAAGAAAUCCGAGGAGGAGGAGAAGAUAUCGGUGUUGGCUAAUAGGUUGAAGCCUCUUCUUGAUUCGUUUAUCUCUCCAUUCCAAAGUGCUUUUGUGCCUGGUAGGUUGAUUUCAGAUAAUUCGUUAGUUGCUUUUGAAGUCUCUCAUUGCCUAAAAAGACGAAGGAGUGGCAAGAAGAAAUAUUGUUCUCUGAAGCUUGAUAUGAGUAAGGCUUAUGACCGGGUAGAAUGGGUUUUCUUGGAGGAGGUGAUGAGGAGAAUGGGUUUCUGUGAAGUCUGGGUUAGUUGGGUGAUGGAUAGUGUCAAAACAGUGUCUUAUUCCUUCAUUGUCAAUGGAGAGCCACGAGGACGUAUUAUUCCUUCGAGAAGGUUAAGGCAAGGAGAUGCCAUUUCUCCUUACCUAUUUCUCUUAUGUGCAGAGGUAUUGUCCAAAGUUAUUAUACAUGCUGAGAGUAAUGAUGCAUUGCAUAGAGUGGAAAUCUGCAGGGGGGCUCCUAGUGUUAGUCAUCUCUUUUUCGCAGAUGAUUCUUUUAUAUUUUGUAAGGCGGAAGUAGCUGAUGUUCAAACAGUGAAGAGUAUUCUUAGGGGCUACGAGCUGGCCUCAGGUCAACAGGAGGAGUUGGCUGCUUUGCUUGGGGUCACUAGAGUGGAAAAACAUGACAAGUAUCUUGGGUUGCCCAUUGAGAUAAGCUACUCGAAGGAGGAGGCUUUUUCUUUCUUGAUCGACAGAGUCCGCUCUAGAACGCAAGCCAAGCAAGGGUGGAGGUUGGUACAAAAACCGAAUACAUUGAUCGCACAGUUGUUGAAAGCAAAGUACUUCCCUACUUGCUCCUUCAUGGAGGCGGAGUUAAAAAAGGGUGCUUCCUAUACGUGGCGUAGCAUCAUAGCGGGACGAGCAGUAUUACAAAAGGGUAUGAGGAUUCAAGUGGGUGAUGGUGCUACUAUUUCUCUUUGGGAUGACCCAUGGGUUUCGGUUCCAUAUUCUUUUCGUCCGUUCUCUACUGUGAUGGAAGGGACCGAGUCCUGGAGGGUUGCGGAUGUUAUUGAUUAUGAAGAUAAAGAAUGGUUGACUGAUGUUUUGGGGGAGUUAUUUACUAGGGGAGAAGUUGACACAAUUGCUUCUAUUCCAUUGAGUAUCCGAGGUGCUGCAGAUAGAUGGGUAUGGCAUUUCGAUGCGAAGGGGAUAUACAAUGUGAGGAGUGGCUAUCAUGUAUUUCUUCAUUCGUUGAAAAUGGAGCAGACUGCGUCCUCGCCGGCGUCGGAGCAGGGAGGACCCCUGAGGAAAUAUUGGACCAAAAUCUGGCAUGCUAACGUUCCACCCAAAAUUAAGGUUCUGGUUUGGCGUCUUGUGCAUGGCAUUGUGCCAACCAGUCUGGAAGAGUUCCAGAAAUAUCAUCAGAAAGUUGCUUGUAAAAAGAAGAGGCCAUUAACAAAAUGGCAGUGCCCCCCUCGGGGUAGACUUAAAAUUAAUAUUGACGGAGCUUUUCAAGUGGACAGUGGUGUUGGAGGUAUUGGGGUAGUGGUCAGAGAUGACUUGGGCACGGGUAUUGCCGCUAUUGCUAGGCCUUUUUUGCAUGCUCACUCAACGAUUAAUAUGGAAGCUGAGGCGUGCAGAGCGGGUCUUCUGCUUGGUAUUCACCAAGGUUGGUCGGAUGUAGUUAUUGAGAGCGACUCUGCCCUUCUGAUUGCUGCACUCAAGAGUGAAGAGGAUAAUUUCUCGGAGCACGAGGUUCAGGUUUUAUGUCCUCCCGUUGCAAAGUACUAA